GAGAACAGUACCACCGAUAAAGAUAACGGCACCGAAGAGACCAACAAAUACAUUAACACUACAUAUAUUUUUGAGCGAAAAUCAUUAAAUAAGCCAUCGUUUUAUUUACCGUCGAAGAAGUAUACGAUAGCCGUCAGCUGUUGUCCGAAGUUAUUUCAAUUGCAAGAGAAUCUCGAGAAUCAUUUCCAAUUCCCGUAUAGAGUGGUGUUCGCUGUGGCCACACAGGACUCGGUCUUGUUUUACGACUCGCAACAGGACCUGCCGUUCGGUCAGGUCUCGCAAAUACACUAUUUACGACUCACAGACCUUCAGUGGUCACCAGACGGGCGUAUGCUUAUCGUGAGCUCCACCGACGGGUUCGCCACAUUCAUCACGUUUGAGGCCAACGAAUUGGGCGUUCCCUACGACGGGCCCGCCUUUAACUUCAAUGAGACCGAAGCGUCGGUAUCGCCGGUGAUCACCGGUAAGAACAGCACUAAACUGAACUCAACGGCUUCGGCCGACAAUGUGAUGACUACACCCGAAGUGGACCGAACUGUUAAGCCUAAAGUGGCCACACCUGCCAUCACCGCCUUCUUCAAGCCAACUGAUGUGCAGCGAACACCCGAUAUGAUUGUCAAGCCGUUGUGUCCUCAGCCCCAGAACCAAUCAAAUUGUCCCCAAAACGGGACCACAACUACACCCAAACAGGCGAAGAGUCCCAACGUAUUAGUGCCCCGAAAGAAGAUUAAACUGACGACCAUUGAACCCAUUGAGACCAUUGAAAUCAAUUGAGGUUUUGUUGAUUAAUAACAUAAUUAUAUAU